AUGUCGCACGCAAAGCCAGCUGCAGCGCAGCGACUGCGCGACGCACGUUGCAGUCGAGCGGCCGUCGCACGACGCCCGACCAUUGCAACACUCACGGCGCGCGACUCUUGCGACCAGCGAUUAGACGCACAAGUGAAUGAGGAGGACGGAGGUGAGAAUAUCAUCUUAGAAUUGUUCGUUUGGCUCCCUGAUCUGGAGAAAGAACGGUUCUUGCAAGAGUUUGGUGAAGAUUAUGGCUAUCCUAACGCACCCAAGACCGUCGAUGAGAUAAGAGCCACUGAGUUUAAGAGAUUGAAUGAUACCGUGUAUUUGGACCAUGGUGGAGCAACUCUGUAUUCAGAAUUUCAAAUGGAAGAUGUAUUCAAGGACUUGAAUUCCACUCUCUAUGGAAAUCCCCAUAGCCAGAGCAACUGCAGCUUGAUGACAAGUGAUGUUGUGGGUGACGCUCGCCAACAGGCAAGUCGUUAUCUUUCAUUAGCCAUGUGCGAUACCUACAAUUUGUUUGCAUUCCCAUCAGAAUGCAACUUUUCAGGUCUCAGAUUCAACCUAGACCUGGUAAAUGUUGUCAAGGAAGAUUCAUUUGAAGUACCAGGAACUUCUCUGCAUCCGAGGUGGAUGAUUUUGAUUGAUGCUGCUAAAGGAAGUGCUACAUCACCACCUGAUUUAUCAAAAUAUAAGGCAGAUUUCGUUGUUGUCUCAUUCUAUAAGCUAUUUGGCUACCCAACUGGGAUUGGAGCUCUUAUUGCCCGAAAUGAGGCUGCUAUGUUACUGAAGAAGACAUACUUCAGUGGAGGCACAGUGGCUGCAUCAGUUGCAGACAUUGACUUUUACAGAAGAAGAGAUGGCAUUGAGGAACAUUUUGAGGACGGGACCUUAUCCUUUGCUAGCAUUGCAUCUCUUCGCCAUGGAUUCAAGAUACUCAAUGCAUUAACAAUGUCCGGUAUCUCCAGGCAUGAAAUGUCGCUUGCCUCGUAUGUUAGAAGAGCACUCUUGUCUCUUACACAUGUAAAUGGAAAUCGUGUUUGCACAGUCUAUGGCAUAGAUGAUCCUCAGUUAUCAAGCAAUAAAAUGGGUCCUACAGUUUCAUUCAACUUGAAAAGGCUUGAUGGAUCUUGGAUCGGCCAUCGGGAGGUGGAAAAAUUGGCAUCCUUGUCCAAUAUUCAGUUACGGACAGGAUGCUUUUGUAAUCCUGGUGCGUGUGCAAAACAUCUUGGUUUGUCCCAUUCAGACCUUCUUUCCAAUGUUGAGGCAGGACACAUUUGCUGGGAUGAUCAAGAUAUAUUGCAUGGGAAGCCAACUGGAGCUGUUAGAGUGUCGUUUGGUUACAUGUCAACAUUUGAAGAUGCCAGGAGGUUCUUGGAAUUCAUCAGGAGUUCCUUUGUAUCAUUAACUGCUCAAGGAAUGUGUAGAACACCACAUAUAGCUGAAGGCAUCGAGAGAGUAACUGCAAAAUGCUCUCUCAAAUCAAUUACUAUUUAUCCAAUAAAAUCAUGUGCAGGAUUUACCGUGGAGAGCUGGCCCUUGACUAGCACUGGGUUGUUACAUGAUAGAGAAUGGCUUCUCAAGAGCUCCAGUGGAGAAAUUUUGACCCAGAAAAAGGUUCCAGAAUUGGGUUUUAUUACUACUCUGGUUGAUCUCAAAUCGGGACUACUCAUAGUAGAGUCAUCACGCUGCAAAGAGAAACUGCACGUUGAACUCAAACCAGGUCAAUCUAUUGCUGGCAGAGAAGUUAUGGAAGUAUAUUCUCAAAGAUAUGAAGUCCAAGGAUAUAGCAAUGAGGUCGAUAUAUGGUUUAGCAAUGCUAUUGGCCGGUCAUGCAAGCUCGUCAGGAGUUAUUCUUUUCCCCAAAACCUUGUUUGCUAUCCAAGUAGAAACAUAGAGGGAAUGUGCAGAGAUUUCAAGACGAGAUUGAAUUUUGUCAACGAAGCUCAGUUUUUGCUAGUAACAGAGGAAAGCAUUGCAGAUCUGAACAGCAGAUUGAAAUCGAAGUGGCAAACUGGUUCUAAUAACCACCCUCCCGAGAUUGACCAAAAAAGAUUCCGUCCGAAUUUGGUUGUGUCGGGUGGCGAACCCUAUGCAGAAGAUGAAUGGAGAAAUCUCAAGAUUGGGGAGAUUAAUUUUUCGUCAAUAGGGGGAUGCAACCGUUGCCAGAUGAUCAACAUGACGUUCAAAUCAGGAGCAGUGCAAAGAUCAAAUGAGCCAUUAGCCACCUUAGCAUCUUACAGGAGAUCAAAGGGGAAGAUACAUUUUGGAAUAUUGUUGAAAUUGCGCGAUUCAGUCGAGCCUGAUGCAUGGCUUCGUGUGGGACAAGAAAUAGUCGCAAACGCAGAUUAA